CUUGUCAAAAGAGGAGCCGGUCCAAGAAGCCGGGCACGCCACCAGACGCGGAGCCCAUGGACCCCACCGGCGGCGACGUCGUCGUCGACUCCGCGGCGGCGAGAGGGAGCGGAGGCGGAGGGGGAACGGGGGCCGGCCGGUGGGCGGUUGGCGCGGUGUGCGGGGGGCUGGUCUACUACCACUGCGCGGUGCGGCGAGCCAGCGCGGUGUCGCUGGCCGCCGACGUGCUCCUCGUCCUCCUCUGCUCGCUCUCCAUCCUCGGCCUCCUCUUCCGCCACCUCCACAUCUCGGUGCCUGUGGAUCCUCUUGAAUGGCAGAUCUCUCAGGAGAUGGCAAAUAGCAUAGUUGCAUCCUUGGCCAACACAAUAGGAGCUGCUGAAUCUGUAUUAAGAGUGGCUGCAACUGGACAUGACAAGAAGCUGUUUUUCAAGGUGGUUUUUACAUUGUAUUUUCUAGCAGCUUUGGGAAGGGUGGUGUCAGGCGCUGCGGUUGCUUAUGCUGCCCUAUGCAUCUUCUGCCUCUACAUGUUUGCACAAAGCACCGAUCUGUUUGAUCAGCUCCCUUCUUGGGUCCCUGUGGGAAGGGAUUCUUUGGGGGGUACUCAGGAUACCGCGUGAUUUUCCACAUGUAAAUGGAAUGCAGAGUUUUCCUUUUCUUCCACUUUCUGUAUAUGGUCCUGCAGGCUAAAUAGCUUGAGCUAUAGCUUCUAUGGCAGCCCUACGGUAUCACAACUGUACUAGGUAGCUAUGAUGAAGUAAUGAUCUUUGUAUAUAUGACACGCUUGCAACUUGCCAGAUGCCAGCACCUUGUAUGUUUUUGGAGCUCUUUGCAUCUCUCUGGCUUGACAUGGUUGGUCGUGAGAUGGUGUUGCCUGAUGGUGUGUUUUGCCUGUAACAGUUACUACCUGUAACGGUUACUGCCUGUAACUGAACCUGCAGUUGCAGGAUGGGCUAUGACAUUGCGUUGUUCGUGUAGUCUGAGGCUAGUCUUAAUGGAUAGUUUCAUGGUGUUGUUUGUGA